AUGAUGUAAAUCAUAAUAGUUUAGUUAUUCAUAAACCCCAAAUAGUAGCUUUAACAGUAUCUAAAGUAAGGGUUAGAUCUAUAUCAACUAUAUCUAAUUUAAGGCAAUAUGAUGUAAAUCAUAAUAGCUUAGUUAUUCAUAAAUCCCAAAAAGUAGCUUUAACUACUUCUACAGUAUCUUUUCUAGGCGUUAGAUUUUUAUCAACUAAACUUAAUUUAAGGCAAUAUACUAGCCUUAAAAUUUAUAAUCAAAGCACUACUUUAACCAGAGUUAUAGAUAAAAAUUAUCCCAUUAUAUCCAGAGCCGACCGCAGGAGGGAACUACCUAUUUUUAGAAGAUGGGCGUGUUAUUUUUGAUGCCUCUGGGGGUGCAUCCGUAUCUUGUUUUGGAUAUGCUCACCCAGAAUUAAAUCAAGCGUUAAUUACUCAAAUAAUAACCGGGGUUAAUUAUACUUGUGGGGACAGUUAUGUUAACGCUUCUACUUUGGCAUUAAACGAAGCCUUAGUGGCUAGCACUAAUGGUUUAAUGGUAAAAGUUUACUUAUCUGGCUCUGGUACAGAAAGCAAUGAAAUAGGGCUUAAAUUAGCUGUUCAAUACUUUUUUAAUAUAGGUGAAGUUAAACGGGUUAAUAUUAUUAGUAGGGAUACUUCGUACCACGGUAAUAGUGCCGGAGCUUUGACUGUCUCUGGACAUAUAGCCAGAAAAGAACCCUUUAAACCUAUUUUAGGUACUUAUUCUCAUACAAUAUCCUCUUGUAAUCCUUAUAGACAACGUUUAGAUGGUGAAACGGACGCUCAAUUUGUAGCUAGAAAAACUGCCGAAUUAGAGGCUAAAUUUCAAGAAUUAGGGCCAGAUACUGUAAUAGCAUUUAUAAUGGAAACCGUAUCUGGUUCUUCUUUAGGUUGUGUUGGACCGGUUCCGGGCUAUCUUGAGGGUAUGAGAGCGGUUUGCCAUAAACACGGCGCUUUGUUUAUUUUGGAUGAAGUGAUGUGCGGCAUGGGGCGAUGUGGUACUUAUAUUCAUGCUUGA